AUGUCGGCCGACUUUCAGAGGUUGCUCAAGGAGCGAGAAGAGCAGCUCGGUGGACGAGAAGCGUCCCCCAACACGGCUCCGCCCCCACAGAAUCCAGUCAAUCCUAGCUUCGAUCCUCGCGAUAGUCUUCAGACACGUUCCAACGGCGCCGCUCCUGCAGAAGGGGGUACUCCUCUGAGCAUGCUCUAUGACCAGAAAGAGCCACCUGUUGAGAUGAUGCAAGAAGAAGGCAACCCAGAAGUACAGAGAGAAGUGUACUACCAGAGACCCAUAUACGAACCCCAACUCGCCCCUCUGGAGCCACCGCCCAGGGACGCUUCGGACGACGCCAACAGGCGUCUCGGCAUGACAGUGUUCUUAAUCUGCAUGACACUCUUUGCACCCCCUUUGCAGGCGAAACUAGCCGAAUUUCUCCCGCGGGUCCUGACUUUCGACGAGAGUUGGCAGCAAAUCCCUACGCCGAGGGUGACCGAAACCACCCCGCUUCCGACGCAGCCUCUUCCUGGUGCUACCACUCCACUACCGACGCAGUCUCUUCCUGGUGUUACCACUCCACUACCGACGCAACCUCUUCCAAGUGCGGCCACACCGCUGCCGACGCAACCCGUUCCCGGUGCGACAACUCCACUGCCCACGCAGCGCCCUCCGAUCACUCCUGCUCCCACGCAACCUCUUCCCGGUGCAACGACUCCGCUUCCGAUACAACGCCCCCUCGUCACCCCCGCUCCGACGCAGCAACCUCUCAUAACUCAAGCUCCAGCUGCUACGCCGACACUCUUGCCGAACGCUCCCACUAGGCCUCCUCUUGCGACGGAUCCGAGCCCCAUAACGCUUCCACCCGCACCCGGCUUUACUCCCAGUCCAUCGAUCAAUCCGACGAACAUCAGCACGCUCUCCGGCAACAGCAGCUCUACGCACUCGUCGGCACUUAUUCUCGCACUAUGUGGUACUUUUGGUGGCUUUGUUCUCCUGCUGUUACAGCUCUUCUUCGCGAGACGCUGUUGGUUGCGGCGUGUCAGGAGGCGAGGUCCGCCCGAACUUCCAAUGACCGAACUGACAUUUGAGACCUUGACUAAGACUCGCCUGAGUGACGAACCUCAGGUCCGGAGAUUUGAAAAGACUCGUUUCAACUACGAGGAGCUGGCGAGAGCGACCGACGACUUUUCGGACGAGCGGCUCCUCGGGCUGGGUGGAUUCGGCAAGGUCUACAAAGGAGAACUGCCGGAUGGGCGAACCGUGGCCAUAAAGUGGUCCACGGUCGAAGGCCCUGCCGCCGUCGGCGAGCGCGAGUUUCAAUCGGAGUUGGAGGUCAUCUCGCGGGUGCAUCACAAACAUCUCGUCUCCUUUCUGGGUUACGCCCUCGAAGGGAACAAACGGCUGUUGGUUUUGCAAUACAUGAGCAACGGCUAUCACAAGCGUGAGGAGCUAUUCAACGAAGAUUUCAUCGCGCACAAGAAGAGGAAGAGAGAACUGCACGCUUCACCGAGCUCUUCGGCUCGGUCAGAGCUCAGCUUCGAUGAGGAUGUAGACAGCGAUCUCUGGAAGUUGCACGAAUUUGUCGACACCUCGAGCAUCAGCCUAAAGGAUUGGGAAGUGGAGGAAGAGAUUCUCUCUCAAGAAAUACUGAGUGUGCCUAGAACAAAGUCAGAAGUCGAGCUACUCUGUGAUGAGUCUUGGAAUGACAUUGAGGAUUUUUUCUAUGACUAA